AUCCAAUCCUGUCCUGUCCAACCAAAUCCAAAUCAGUGGCAUUGGGAAGUCUCGUGACCGUCGUUUCUGCUUCUGGUGAUCGCUGUCUUGAGCUGAAAUGACUGCGCGAGGAAAGCUCAUAGCUAUUAUAGGAGAUGAGGAUACAUGCGUCGGAUUCCUUUUGGGUGGCAUAGGCGAAAUAAACAAGCAAAGACAACCCAACUUUAAAGUCGUGGAUAAAAAUACAACGAUUCCAGACUUGGAAGAAUGUUUCAAAACAUUUGUGAAGCGAGGCGACAUAGACAUUAUCCUCAUCAACCAAAACAUUGCAGACAUGAUCCGGCAUGCCAUUGACAGCCACACAGCCUCAAUUCCAGCUGUCCUUGAAAUACCAUCAAAAGAUCAGCCUUAUGAUCCAAACAAGGACUGGAUUCUUAGAAGGGCAAAGUGCAUGUUCUCUUCGGAUGACAUGAAGUAAAGGCGACCCUUCUUUUGUAAACUUGUUCAUUCCAAGACUUUUUUUCAAUGUGGUUGUAUUUAUUUCAUAGAGGAAUAUAAAUGGUCUGUACCCCCUGGCAAGGAAUGAGUGUUAAGAGCUUUUAGAAGUUGUGUGUGUGUUAAUUAUACACAUUAUGAAUACAUAAUUUUGAAUAAAAUAAAUAUGUGCGCUGGGUAUCAUUACACAGAAAAGGGGAUGCGCGGGUUUGAAGCUAUAUUGAAUUAUAAACUCUAUACAAUAUGUAACAUUUACAGAGCAGAGUAGUACCACGUCAACAUGGUUAUUGGUUUGAAUGCGUAAAUGGUUGCAUCAAUAAACAUGAAUAUAUAAUGCC